AUGGAGAGCAUAGAGGAAUCAGUCGAGGCUGAGACAACUGCAUCUAUAAUUGACUCAUAUUUGCUCAGUGAGCCACCAACCACUAAAAAGAGACGGGAGAUUCCUGAUCGAAAGAACCACAAAAAAUUUGUUGCAAAGCCUUCGUACGUGCAGCAAAGUAAACAUCAUUCUUUUGAACCGUGGGCAAAUUCUGCUGGAUCCGGAAUAAAACACGACGUGGUUAAUCUUGCGGUAGUAAACGAUAGGCCCCAAUUAGACUCUAGCAAAAUAGAACAGCCGGAUAACAUUAAUGGCGCAACUACUUCCAACAAUCAUACGUUAGUCGAGUCAAAACAUUCUGAUGAAUAUGGUCGAAAACCAAUUGCCGUAAGUAAAUCGAAUAGAGCUUAUCGACAACUAGUCCCGUUGGCGCAGAUUUCUCAAGAUAAAGAUACCUUUAAUGCGUCUCAAGGUAACAAGUUCUUGGAAGUGCCAAAAUCUGCAAACACCCCUGUAAAUGUUCGCUCAUCCAAGUUCGGACAUACGUCGAUAAAUAUUUCCGAGCUGGGCAAUCGAUUUAGCUCAAUUUCUGGAGACACCUCUCACACGCUUGUGGGCAAUGAAACAUGGUAUACAAAUGCGGACCAGAAUAAUAAAAUUGCAACACCACAUUCAGUAGGCACUGUUUACGAGAUGCCGCCUUCGGCAUUUCAUACUCUACCAACACCAAUCGAAAACAAGCUACACAAUAAACAACCCUAUAUAAACAACGUAAAUAACACUCCGCAGCUCAAAUCGAUCCCAAAGACCCAAGAACAUUCUUUAAUACCUCACGCUAGAAAUGAAGACACGGUAAUAAAUACAGAGUUGCAACCUCAUCAAGUCCGCCAACGGUUGCCAGAAAUACAUGAAGAGAGUCCCGCGUAUCAAGAAAUACCGGGCGACUCUGUGGCAGUUUUAGAUCUAGAAAAUUCAACCAAUACAGUAUCUGGUCAGAAACCAAGCAUAGGAAUACCCAUCCAAGAAGCGCCCAUGACUCCAGAAGAGAACGUACCUCGCAAAUCAAUCUUUGGUUGGUUCAAGUCUUUCAUAGAGAAGAAAGAACAAUUUGGCAUAGCUGUACUUCCGAUGCAAGAUCUCACGUCUAUUUAUAACUCACCGGAUGCUCGCUAUGGGGCAGCUGUUGAUCCUGAUGAGUAUGGCGCGAGGUACGAAGUUAAAAGUACCCCCGAGUUGCAAUCAAACGUAUACCCAAUCUAUUCAUAUGCGCAUAACGUGAACGGUGCCAAAGGUCAAAAAUAUGCCGACCCAAAAUCUAGCAGUGUGUCAACAGCAUACACUAAUGAGAAAGGGUUUUACAACAAGGUUCCAUCAAUCGAGUUGGAUAAGCAAUCCAUAUCGAUUCACUCUUUGGUAUCGACUGAAUCUAGGAAAAGCUAUCCGUUGCGAGCUUUGGUACGCAAGUCAUUAGCUUAUCAGAAAAGACAAUGGGUCGUAAAUGUUUGCUGCGUCACGCUAUGUCCAAUAUUAAUGGUUGCAAUUGCGGGUCUGAUGGCUAUUAUUGUGACACACUUGGUCCUCAAGAAUAAUCCGGCAGUGGAAAUUUUAAUGUGCUCCCAAGUAAAAUCGGUGGACCCGCGAAACGUAGAUUAUGAACAAACAUAUGAUGAUCUCGUCUCAACACCGGCAUCUGAAGUUCCAAAUGUGCCGGAAAAAUUUUCCACCGUAAAACACGCUAAUUUCUAUAUACCGUUAGUAAGCUUUGACUUUUUCUCUCUGCCAGAUGCGCCAGAUGAUUGUGUGAUCUGGAUGAGGCAAGACUAUCCGAUUCGCGAACCAUACGAAGUGGACCCCAAUGUGAAUGCCUCCUUAAGGCUGGAUAGUACUUUUCGACCUGCGCCAGAAGGGGGAUGGCUCAACUUUACCAACCCACGGAAUGUGAUUGCUUUAGCAAAAUCUCAAACUUUUCAACAACUAUUUGUUAUUGAAAGUUUCGGCGUUGAUGCUGGAGACAAACCGUUGAAGAGUCCACUGGUCUUACCUCAGAAUACGCCAUUGGAUCCGGGUUCUUUAGCCGCCUUCGCCUUACAAUCAACCAGAGGGGAUUCUG